GUCUCCCCUUGGCGCUGGAGCGAGUAGUGCAGCCUGCCGAGCCAGCGAGAGGAGCGCAUCAGGCUCUGCCGCCUCUGCCUGGACGGAGCAGGUCUUUAGCUGGCGGCGAGGGAGGGGAGCGAGAGCAGCGCCCGAGUCCAGCCCGCGUUAGCAGCAGGGCCGGCAGGAGGAGCUCGGUCGCCCGCCCGCCCGCCAGGCGCAAGGAAGCCGCCCUUCUGCUCCACCUUCUCCCCGAGGCUGCGGCUGAGUGGGGCAUGGCCGGGCGAGGUCGGGGCUGCUGGGCGCUGCUGGCGCUCUGCGGCGUGCUGGCCGCCUUCUGCCUGCAGGGCUCCGGGGCGGACAAGCCUGAAGCGACGGCAGCGGGCGGCGGCGGGGCGAACCGGCGGCGGCGCUUGAGCCAGGAGGACGGCAUCUCCUUCGAGUAUCACCGCUACCCGGAGCUGCGGGAGGCGCUGGUGGCCGUGUGGCUGCAGUGCCCGUCCAUCAGCAGGAUCUACACCGUGGGCCGGAGCUCCGAGGGCAGGGAGCUGCUGGUCAUCGAGAUCUCCGACAACCCCGGCGAGCACGAGCCCGGAGAGCCAGAAUUCAAAUAUGUCGGGAACAUGCAUGGAAAUGAAGCUGUUGGAAGGGAGCUUCUCAUUUUCUUGGCUCAGUACCUGUGCAAUGAAUAUCAGAAGGGAAAUGAAACUAUCAUCAACUUGAUCCACAGUACGCGCAUCCACAUAAUGCCAUCCUUGAAUCCAGAUGGUUUUGAGAAGGCGGCAUCCCAGCCUGGUGAACUCAAAGACUGGUUUGUUGGCCGAAAUAAUGCACAGGGAAUAGACCUGAACAGAAAUUUUCCUGAUCUGGAUCGAAUAGUCUAUGUGCAUGAGAAAGAGGGUGGCCCAAAUAAUCACUUGCUGAAAAACCUGAAGAAAGCUGUGGAUCAAAACUCCAAGCUUGCGCCAGAAACUAAAGGUGUGAUUCACUGGAUUAUGGACAUCCCCUUUGUGCUGUCGGCCAACCUCCAUGGUGGAGACGUUGUGGCAAACUACCCCUAUGAUGAGACUUGUCUGAGUUUAUUAAAGUGUCUUAUUGUUGCAGGUAUGCAGGACUUCAAUUACCUUAGCAGCAAUUGCUUUGAAAUCACUGUGGAACUCAGCUGUGAAAAAUUCCCUCCUGAAGAAACUCUGAAGAGCUAUUGGGAGAACAAUAAGAAUGCACUUAUCAGUUACAUUGAGCAGAUACAUCGAGGGAUAAAGGGUUUUGUUAGAGAUCUUCAGGGCAAUCCCAUUGCUAAUGCUACCGUUUCUGUGGAAGGAAUAAAUCAUGAUAUUACAUCAGCUAAGGAUGGUGAUUACUGGAGAUUACUUGUACCUGGAAAUUAUAAAGUGACAGUCUCAGCACCAGGCUAUUUAGCAAUAACUAAAAAAGUGGCUGUUCCCUUCAGUCCUGCCAUUAGAGUUGACUUUGACCUGGAAUCUUUGUCUGAAAGAAAAGAAGAGGAAAAGGAAGAGUUAAUGGAAUGGUGGAAGAUGAUGUCAGAAACUCUGAAUUUUUAAGCAGAAGCACUGAAUUUAUAGCUUUUAAUCUAUUAUGUGUUGACUAAGUAUAAUGUACUGUGCAAAGUCCCCAUAUUUUAGAUUUUGAGUAGCUUGCAAUAUCUUAAUUUUUGAGUAAUUUUUUUAAAAAAACCUCAAUAAUCUGCUCUAUGUAAAAACAUAUUGCUGGGUACUUUCAUGCCAUCAUCCUCUAUCCUGUAUAUUCAGUGUGGGGGAAAGAUACCUGAUUGAAUGUUUCAGCCUGCUAAUUCAAAUGAGUUUAUGUUUAUUUCAUUUUCAAAUUUUGAAUGUGUAGAUUGUAAGCACAUUAAAAAAGCUCAUAUAAUUAGCAAUCACUUGCAGAUCUUGCUACCCAUAUUUAACAAUGCAGGUGAACAUUUGUUUCACGAAAUAACGGCACUGAAAAUGUAUGCGAUAAGAAUGUGGUGUUGUAAGUAAUGCUUUACUACAAUGUAAAUUUGUUUUUUUGUCUUGUGUAAAAUAAGAAUCACGUGUACCUGGUUUCAUUU